UGGAUAAGGCAAACAAAUGUCUGAACUGCCCCUCAAUUUCUUUAUAUACUCUUUAGAAUUGGUAAAGAAACACACUAUUCUGCUCUUUGACACCUUCCCUUUUUAUUUGACGGAUUUUGUCUUCUUUGGUGAUGGAGAAGGUGUAAGCCGUGUAGGGUUAACUGAACAACAUCUUCACUAUUAGCCUCCAACUAUUUGCUUUUCUAACAAGUAAUAACACCCACCGAAUUAACCGAGGCUGAGCAUUCUUUUCGAUCAUUAGAUAUCAAAGUGCAACAUGGGGUUGAGGUUGAAGAUCCUAAUCGUACAUGUAACUAGUAGGCACUUUCUAUUCGGUGGUGUUGUGGUACCGUUGCUCCUCCUCGUUCUCCUCCACAUGGCUAGUUGGGAUUGCUUGAAGGCUACUUUUGGACUUCUGUCUUACACAAUCUCCCAAGCAUCUGGAGCUCUAAUAAUUUUUCCACUCAUUAAGGUUCUUGGAGGGAAAGAAUUUGAAGCAAAGGGGUUGAGGUUGAAGAUCCUAAUCGUCCACGUAACUAGUAGGCAUCCUCUAUUUGAUGGUGUUGUGGAGCUCAUUCGGCUAAUGCCUAUUGAGUGCCACUUGUUGGUACUCAUACUAUACUUUCUCACCUUGCAAAUCAAAGUAUGGGUUUUCACUACUGAUUUGGAUAUCAUACAGAGAAACUCUUGGAUUUUUGGAGACUUGGGUGAGCUCUUGACAAUUGGAGUUGCCUAUCUCCCUCUGUUUUAAUUGGACUAGUAUUUAUUUUGUAUUCAAAGAUGGUUGUACUAUUAUCGUAUUUGUAUAAACCUUGUACUUCCUUAUUUAGUUUAGUAGCUCGACUACCGACUGA